AAAAAACAUGGCAACAGAGUUUCGACUGAUAAAAAUUUUUAUCUCAUGAAUUUUGAUAGCAAUAGGCAAUCGAUAUAUGUUUCAUUAAAUGCUCAAUUUCUGUCAGUAUUAUCUAUACAUCAAUUUAAAGUGUAAAAAGUACUACUUCAAGUGACUAUACUAUCAUGAGAUUUUCAGAUUAUAAUGGUACCAAAAACAAAGUCACCCUAAUAGGCACCAUGCUAUUCAUCCAUGCCGUCCUAAUCUACAUAAUCAUCUACAUGAUGGUGUCGCGGUCUGGAACACAAUGCCAAGACGUAUUCCAAAGACCUUUCGAGCAACAUCAAAUAAGAUUAAGACCAAAAAGACCCAACUUUCCUUUAGAACAAUUAGAGUCCAAUGACGCUACAAAAUUAGUGAAUUUCACCGAGUUCCAAUACAUCAACAAUAACGAGAUUAUUUGCGCUAAUUCGGAAGUUUUUUUGUUGAUAUUGAUAUCGUCAGCUCCAGGCAAUAAGCCCAAAAGAGACUCUAUAAGGAAAACUUGGGGUGAUAGAGGUCCAGACGUAAAACUCCUUUUCAUGUUGGGCUACUCAGAAAACAAAGCUACCGAAAUGGAAAUUGAAAUCGAAAGUCACAUUUAUAUGGACAUUGUGCAAGGUAACUUUAUAGACAGCUACAAAAAUUUAACAUAUAAAUCAGUCAUGAGUUUGAAAUAUGUAGUUUACCAUUGUCCACAAACAACCUAUGUACUUAAAGUUGAUGACGAUUCCUUUGUCAAUACGCCUUUAUUGAUGAAUUUUUUAAAACAUGACUUAUCACCUUAUGGUGCUGAAAAUUUGUUUCUUUGCAACGACAUGACUGGAUCUCCAGCUAUAAGAGAACCUAAUUCCAAAUGGUACAUGCCCGUUGAAGAUUUUCCAGACGAUUGCUACCCCAGCUACUGUUCAGGAUGGUACGCAAUAUUUUCACCCGAUAUUGCCUUCAAACUUUACAAGGCAUCACAAAAAUUGAAGUACAUUUACAUCGAUGACGCUUUUGUAUAUGGAAUAGCUGCCCAGAAAGCAAACGUAACUCACGUAGAUUUAAGCUACUACACUUUAGCUUAUAGAAAUGAGGAGUUGUUGUUUAAUGGGACAUACGAUAAUAUUCCUCUUUUGUUUGGGUAUCCUAAUAUGGGGCCAGAGCAAAUCGAAAGGGUUCAUGGGUAUUUUAAAAAUAGGCCUGUGGAAAAAUCGAUUCAUAAACUUUUAGGACAGGGAGGGUGAUUAUUUGUGGUGAAAUGUGAUAUUAGAAUAUGUAUUAAGUUUAGGAGAUAAAAUUUUAUAUUUAUUUAUUUGUUGAAUAAAUGUUAGUUUUUAUAACAAUCGA